UGUGUCUAUCUGCGGCCUUAAUGGAUCUACGGGUCCCGCAAUCCACUUCGACUUCAGACGACACAUGGUACCAGACCCCUCUUCAACGAUCGCAUUAAUAGCGUCCGUUCAGGAUGCUGCCAACAAUCGGCCGCCUGCGCUCUCGCGCGUUGUCAGGGCGGCCCGCCAUAAUCUCUCUGUCGACCAAGACCAUCAACCGCCGGGUUCUUCCCAGCCUCAUUGAGCCAUGUCGACAUCGGGUCUUCAACUCCUCGUUAAAACCCACCCCUCCUCCAGAAGGGUCGUGGGAUAGCCACGUCCACAUCAUCGACCCCCAAAAGUUUCCGUUCCCCGCCAGCGUCAAGCCCCCUCAGGAAGCAACCAUAAACCAGGCAUUCCAGAACGCUGAAGGACUCGGGCUGCCGAACCUGGUGUUCGUCCAGCUGUCCACGUACGGCAACGAUAACACGUGGGUGCUCGAGUCUCUCAGGGACGUCGGGCCCGCCAGAGGUCGCGGCGUCGUCGCGUUCGACCCGGAACACAUCGACUCCCAUACCUUACAGCAGUGGCACGAUCUCGGUGUGCGGGGCGUCCGGGUCAACCUCCGAUCGUCCAACACCGUGCUCUCCAAGACCGAAAUUCAGACCGUGUUGCGCAGGUACGCCGAGAGACUGCGGCCGUUGAAAACGUGGUCGAUCGGGCUGUACGCCGACAUGGACGUCCUCGAUCACGUCGAGCCGCUGAUGUCCGAACUCGGGGUGAAGUUGGUGCUCGAGCACUUCGGUUCCCCGGCGCUACUGCCGCUGAACCCGGCCAAGCAGCCGGGCUGGAACGCGCUGAAACGCAUGAUGGAGGACCCGCGCGUCUACGUCAAGAUCUCGGCGCCGUACCUUUUCUCCGAGGAUGCGAGCUUUUCCGACCUGGAGUCGCUGGCCAAGGCCCUCUUCCGCAUGCGGAACGGGGACGGCGUCGUGUUCGGCUCGGACUGGCCCCAUACCAAAUCGCGGGGGUGGGAUGCGAAGCCGUUCGUAGACAAGAUCGCCGAGUGGUGUGACGGUGAUGACGAGCUGCGGAAGAAGCUUUUCCGGGGCAAUGCGAGGGACCUAUGGGACGUUUGAUAAGAGCGAGUUUCCAUCGAGGCGCAACAGAUGGCCAUAAUCCGAUGGGGGCAGUACAUGAGUGACAUGCGGACAGACGCCGGCGACUGACACCUUACUUCAACGCAUCGAUCUACUGGAAUGCCAGCAAGUCCAGAGCAUAGUUACUUGGAACUCAACCUGUUGCGACAGUGAAUAGCUGUUGCGUCAGUUGAGAAAAGCCUCAUAUGAUUUUGCAGACGCUGGCAGGCAGUUUCUUAUUGCACAGCAAGGCAACUGGGUAGGCAGAAGGCGAGUAAUACAACACGUC